CUUUCCAACCCCUGCAGACCAGCGAAUAAUAUAACAGUAGGGCCGAAAAUGACCGCAAGCGACAGUCGAAAAGUGCAUGGCUUCUAUUGCUCCUCCCCCCUUCUUUCUGAUUAGAUAUAAUCCAUUAUCUUGUUAUUGAAUUCCCUGCUACGCAGUUCACCUUUGCUAUUUUACAUCCAAGCUUUAGUCCGAUCGUGGCAUUACGUGUAGCGUUUCACUACUUCUUUUUCCUGUCCCCGCCCAAAUAUAUAUAACGGCUUCAACUUCUUCCCCGAAGUGCCAUUUUUUGCUUCCUAUGACUUGGAUUCCAUGGAACACUCAGUUGAGAGAGUUAGCAAAGCAAUGCCAAUACCUUGAAGCUCUAACUCUCUACCGCCAAAUGCUGCGUUGCGGUUCCUCCCCAAACGCCUUCUCUUUCCCUUUCGCUCUCAAAUCCUCCGCUUCCCUUCCCCUUCCUUUUUCCGGCCAACAACUCCACUGUCAAGUCAUCAAAUCCGGAUGCUCCCAGGAACCCUUUGUUCUUACUUCUCUCAUCUCUAUGUACUGCAAAUUCAGUUCCCUCGGAAACGCCCGCAAGGUGUUCGAUGAAAACCCAAUAUCCAAUCAAUUAACGGUUUGCUACAACGCUUUGAUUUCCGGGUACGCGUUAAAUUCCCGGUUUUUUGAUGUUAUUGCUUUGUUUUGUAGAAUGAGGGAAAUGGGCGUUUCGGUUAAUUCAGUUACAAUGUUGGGCUUGGUUCCGGUGUUCUCGGAACCUGGGUACAUAAGCGUAGGGAUGUGUUUUCAUUGUUGCUGUGUGAAGUUGGGGUUGAAUCUUGAUUUCUCUGUUGCUAAUUGUUUAGUUACAAUGUACGUGAAAUGCGGGGCCAUUGAGUUUGGUAGGAAUUUAUUUGAUGAGAUGCCCAAAAAGGGUUUGAUUACUUGGAACGCUAUGAUUUCAGGGUAUGCGCAGAAUGGACUUGCGGCUGAUGUUUUGGAACUCUAUAGGAAAAUGGAAACUGCGGGGGUUUGUCCAGAUGCGGUUACAUUUGUUGGGGUUUUAUCAUCUUGUGCUAAUCUUGGUGCUGUUAGUGUUGGCCACGAGGUUGAACAGCGAAUAGAGUCUAGUAGACUUGGUUUGAAUCCCUUUUUGAAUAAUGCAUUGAUUAAUAUGUAUGCUAGGUGUGGUAAUUUGGUCAAGGCUCGAGCUAUUUUUGAUGGCAUGCCUGUUAAAAGUGUGGUUUCAUGGACAGCGAUUAUAGGUGGAUAUGGAAUGCAUGGAUAUGGAGAGAUUGCAGUGGAGUUAUUUGAUGAGAUGAUUAAGAGUGGUAUUCGGCCUGAUGGUGCUGCAUUUGUGAGUGUUUUAUGCGCAUGCAGUCAUGCGGGGUUGACUGAAAAAGGCUUGGAAUAUUUUUCAGAAAUGAAGAUGAAGCAUCGGUUGCAGCCGGGUCCAGAGCAUUAUUCUUGUGUGGUGGAUCUUCUAGGUCGGGCUGGUCGGCUAAAUGAAGCUUUGGAGCUCAUUAAAUCAAUGCAGGUAAAGCCAGAUGGUGCAGUCUGGGGAGCCCUUUUGGGUGCCUGCAAAAUUCACCGAAAUGUAGAGAUGGCAGAGUUGGCGUUUGAACGAGUUAUUGAGUUUGAGCCCACAAACAUCGGUUAUUAUGUUCUGCUAUCUAAUAUUUAUUCUGAAGCUGAGAAUUUGGAAGGAGUGUUGAAAGUUAGAGUAAUGAUGAGAGAGCGAAAGCUGAAAAAGGAUCCAGGAUUUAGCUAUGUCGAGUAUAAAGGAAGAGUGCACCUUUUCUUGGCCGGGGAUAGAAGCCAUCCUCAAAAGAAGGAGAUAUAUAGAAUGGUGGAUGAGCUGGAAACUUUGGUGAAGAAACUUGCUGGCUGUAAAGACAAUGAAGAAAGGAGAAACAAAGAAGCUUUAAUUGAUAUGGGUGUUCAUAGUGAAAAGUUGGCAAUUGUGUUUGGACUAUUGAACUCUGAGCCAGGGACAGAGAUUGUGGUGAUAAAGAACCUUAGAAUGUGUGACGAUUGCCAUUUAUUUUUCAAGGGUGUCAGCAAGAUUGUGACUCGUCAGCUUGUUGUUAGAGAUGCAACCCGUUUCCACCACUUCAGAGAUGGACACUGUUCAUGCAAAGACUAUUGGUAAUACAAUACUCGCUUGAGGGUUCCAUAUUGCGUUCCCUGGUAUCCUAGAUGUUCUGCAAAUAAUAAUAAAAAUAUGCAGUACAAAGAUUGAUUUCAUAUUGAAAUUAAGAAAUCUGUUGGAAGCCUGUGGAGUGCCGGUUCAGCUAGGUGGCUGCAAAUGUAAUAAUAUAUGCUCAAAUGCUCUAUGGAUACCAGAAAAUGAAACUGAGUCUAGAGAAAGGGCUGAUGAUCAACCAGCCAUUGAUUGAUCAUCCCUUAAGAAGCUAGUUUGCUCAACAGUCAGAAUGGCUGGCGUGGGAAUAUAGAUAUUGCUAACUCAUUCUGCCAUUGCUUAUUUUAAUUUACAUGUGCAUACAAUUCUGAAGAGAAA